UGCCUCCAGCAGAGAGCAGUGCGCUGUUGGAUGUGAGCACCACCGACCUGUCUCGACUUCCAGAUCGAAGAUGGCGGUCUCGGUGUUCCCCGGCGUGCGGCUCCUCUCCAUCGGAGACGCGAAUGGAGACAUACAGCGACACUCAGAGCAGCAGCCCCUGAGGCUAGAAAUCAAAAGCACACAAGACGCAGCCCUCAUCAAUCUCUCCAAUGGAGAGGACGCGAGUGUGUUCAAGUGUUCGGUCUCCAGGGAGACGGAGUGCAGCCGCGUGGGGAAGCAGUCGUUCAUCAUCACGCUGGGCUGCAACAGCGUCCUGCUGCAGUUCUCGUCACCUGCAGACUUCCAGUCGUUUUAUAAUCUCCUGAAAAACAGUCGUGGGCACUUUUGUGAGCACUCGGUCUUCAGCGAUAGAACAGAGGAGUCCUCUGCUGUACAGUACUUCCAGUUUUAUGGCUACCUCUCUCAGCAACAGAACAUGAUGCAGGACUAUGUUCGGACAGGGACUUACCAGCGGGCUAUUCUCCAAAACCACAGCGACUUCAAGGACAAGGUGGUGCUGGAUGUGGGAUGCGGCUCGGGGAUCCUCUCUUUCUUUGCAGCUCAAGCUGGAGCCAGGAAGGUCUAUGCUGUGGAGGCCAGCACCAUGGCACAACAUGCCGAGGUGCUGGUAAACAGCAACCGUUUAGGCGAGCGCGUGGUCGUCAUCACGGGGAAGGUGGAGGAGGUGACGCUGCCGGAGCAGGUUGACAUCAUCAUCUCAGAGCCAAUGGGCUACAUGUUGUUUAAUGAGCGAAUGCUGGAGAGCUACCUGCAUGCCAAGAAGUUCCUCAAACCCAAUGGUAAAAUGUUCCCCACCAUCGGUGACGUCCACCUGGCACCCUUCACAGACGAGCAGCUCUACAUGGAGCAGUUCACCAAGGCCAACUUCUGGUACCAGCCCUCAUUCCACGGUGUAGACCUCUCUGCUCUGCGUGGAGCAGCUGUGGAUGAGUACUUCCGCCAGCCUAUCGUGGACACAUUUGAUAUCCGUAUACUGAUGGCCAAAUCAGUCAAACACACAGUUAACUUCCUGGAUGCCAAAGAAGAGGAUCUUUACAGGAUAGAGAUUCCCUUUAAGUUCCACAUGAUGCACUCUGGUCUGGUACAUGGCUUAGCUUUCUGGUUUGAUGUGGCAUUUAUUGGAUCAAUGGUGACAGUAUGGCUGUCAACAGCACCCACAGAGCCUCUAACCCAUUGGUACCAGGUCCGCUGUCUGCUGCAGUCUCCUCUCUUCACCAAGGCUGGGGAUACAUUGUCCGGCACUGCAUUGCUGGUGGCCAACAGGAGGCAGAGCUACGACAUCAGUAUUGUCGCCCAGGUGGACCAGACAGGAUCAAAGUCCAGCAACCUCCUGGACUUGAAGAACCCCUUUUUCAGGUACACAGGCUCCACCCCAAACCCUCCCCCUGGCUCACACUACACCUCUCCAUCUGAGAAUAUGUGGAACUCGGGGUCAGCCUACAGCAUGACUCAGGGGAUGCCUGUAUCAGGGAUGCCUGCAGCUUAUGACCUCAGCACAGUCAUUGGCAGCGGCCCGUCAGUGUCUCAUAACAACCUCAUCCCCCUAGUGAACACAGGGAUUGUAAACCACACCCACUCCAGGAUGGGCUCCAUCAUGAGCACAGGCAUUGUGCAAGGAGCCUCCACAGGCCAGUCCGGCCCCAGCAGCAGCGGUACUUACUAUCCCGUCACCAACCAGUUCACCAUGGGCGGCGCCGCCAUCUCCAUGGCCUCACCUAUGGUCAUCCCCAGCAACACCAUGCAUUAUGGCAGUUAAGACGAGACGUUGGCGCAAACGUCCUCGCCGUCUCUACCCCCCCGCAUGACAAGAGAUCCCUGAAACCCCUCCAGCCUUCCACCCUGACUGAUCCUCCAUCUGCAGCCAAAACCAAUAUACCAAAACCAGUGCUGUGCUGGCACGUCCCUCCCUUUUUCAUCAUCCACAUUUGACAACACUCAGUCCAUCACGAUAUGAACGAUAUGAACAGAACACUUGUAUCCGUCCAGACUCUUGUCUUGCUUACAGCUGAAACCUUUUCCCCUCUCCGUUUCCCGGUGUUCAUAUUGAGACUGAAACACAUGCACAGCUGAGAUGCUCGGCAGUUAUCAACGAUCCUCUGCCGGGUUUUCAACGACCCCCUUCUCUCCCCGUCAUUUUUUUAACGUCACCAUGUUCCCUGUGGUUCUCCCGCUUUCUUUACCUAAGAUUCUACCUGUUGCCAGAAACCAGCAUCAGUCCGUUCCCACGACUCUCCACGUCUCGACGCCACAUCUUCACUUUGAUGUUUCGUGAGUGUAGUAGGACACGGAUAUCACAGACACUCACUUCAUAUCACGCUGACCCGUGUCAGACCAAGUGGUUCCUCUUAAAAUAUCCUGUCGUUAGAAUCGCAGCGGUCGUCUUUCAUCGGCGUCACUCGGACAAAGUGAUCGGCUCUUUUCAUCGCAGCAUCACAAACCCGCUGUGAUGCUGCAGCUUUGGGACAAUGCUGGUCACCUUCCAUGUUUAGUGCUGAGAUAAACGGGCUGUAGUCUUAAUGGCUACAGUUUACACCACUGCACCAACUGAAGUCAUUUUGAUCCAACGUUAACAUUAAUAUGAACGAAGGACAGCGGUUUGGAGCAUUUAUUCACCAACAAACAAAUGUGGGACUUUGUGUUUGUUGGUGAAUAAAUGCUUGUCGUGAGGUUGCCAGGUUUGUUGAUGGUGUAAAAAGCAUGCAUCAUCAUCAUCAACAUCAUCUCUUAAAGGUCAGGGAACGACGGUGGCCUUCACACACCACGGAAUGACGUCCGCUUCAUUUGCAUAACUUCCCGAUCGCUUUGAGCGGAGCGGCGUCGCCGAGCUGCGUCGCGUGUCCUUCGAGAAGAUGAGAAAUGUUCCGCGGGAGCAUCAGCCAAUCAAAACACGAUAUGAAAUGUAAUAAUAUAAUCAAACCAUGUCAAGCUCGCCCUCACAAAAUGGCCGAAACUGCUCUCAGGCAAAGCCGUUGUUGAUGGUUACUGUGGAAACCGUCAGACCCGCCCACUGUCAAAGUAACCCGUUAAUGUAAAUCCUCCAUGACCGUCACGCUAAACUGGAAGAUGACCAACAAAAAAGCGUCUUCAUUUGGUCACUACCCACAACGUUUGUUAUGCAAACCUGAAAUCAGCCGCGUGGCGCUCCUGCGACUCGCGCUCGUCACUUUUUAAAAGGCUGCGAGGACUUUGCAGCGAUUCCUCCGCAGCCGGUCGUCUGUUGAGCCAGAUUUACUCAGUAUCAGGAAGAAGAUUUGGAGAAAGAACCGUCGUGGAGCAGUAUUCCAGGCGGCUGCCCCAGUGGCUGCUGGGAUGAGAGAAGCUGAGCUGUGUUGGACUGGCGGCGUCUUGAGUUUACAUCCUUGAUUCCUCCCCUUCUGCUUCCCCUCCCAACUUCCUUUGAGACUGUGAGACUGUCACAAAGAGACUUCACUGCUGAGGCGUGGGACACUGGGCCUGUCCACUCCCCCCCCCCACACCCCCCCUCGGUUCACUAUGUAUGAGCAUAUCAUCACCCCUGAGACACCUGACGCCCUCGUCCCCUUUUAUUAGUCUAGGAGAGAAAGACUGACACAUGUAAGCGUUGCUUUCAGUGUCACAACUACUGGACUUGGUUCAUUUGGAAUUUGAGUUAGAAAGUUUUAAGAGAGAUAAAAAAAACAAUGUUUCUUUGUAGGGUUAACUUUUUUUUCUGUUGUCUUUAUUUUUGUUUUUUUUUCUUUUUCCUGUCACAAAAAAACGAGAGCAAAUUAAAUGUGGUGGAGAUGUUCCAAGCCCCAUCCUGGAA